GAAUUCGAGGCAGUCACGUGGGUGUGUGUGGAGCGAAGCGUCAGACGUCGUUGGUCACGUGACUUCGAUAGAUCGAGACAAGCUCGUUUCGUUUUGUGGACACGCGCCUCGGAGUUUGGAGCUCUGGUAUCACGGGUAGCAUCGCUGACAUCGUCCGUCGGAUUAAAGGUGGUCCGUGGUCCGUGUGCCGUAUUCUAACCCGAACACCGACAGGCUAAUGACGCUAGGCUAACGGGCCCGGUGUGUCGGCCUGGUCGACAGAGGCUGCAGUCCGGCCGCGGGCAUGCACGUUAGCCCGAAGCUUGUCGCGGGCGGUCAGGGCGGGAGGCAUGUCGGUGGCGUCUGCCAGUGAGCCACAUUAACGUGUCCGCUUGGCCGGGAGGGAUGAACACGCCGCUCGGCAGGAGCGGGCUGGUCGGGCUGGCUGUCGGAGCCACAGCCGGCGUCGGCCUGAUCGCCUUUAUCGUUUACAGAGAGCUCAUCAAGAGACGAUGGCAGAGACAGAGACAGAGAGUGGAGCUGGACGGGGACGGGCCGCCUCUGUGGGACGGGCCGCCUCGGGAGGAGCCGCUGGAUGAUCAGGAGGCGGAGGCCCAGCAGCAGGCUCUGGCCGCGGUGGAGGCGGUGGUGCAGGGCCUGUCCCCAGAACAGCAGCUGGAGCUCAGGAACCAGCUGGACCAGGUGCUGAGCUGCGUGGCCUCGCUGCGCUCCGAGGUGGCCGAGCUGAGGGGCGGCCUGCACGGCAUCGCCCUGCAGAUCAUCCAGGACGUGAAAAAGGGAGUGGAGGACAGUCAGCGGGUACGGAGGCGCCGCCAUCUUGUCCACAGAGAGCGCACCGAGUCCACCAGCUCCAGCUCCCUCUACUUCACUGCCAGCCAGGGCCAGGCCAGCGCACACGAGGAGACCAGCGAAGGAGGGUACUCCACAGCGUAUGCUGAGUCCGACUACACAGACCAGGACACAGACAGAGAGGAGGGCGAGCCGGGGCCAGAGCAGGAGUCUGAUGAGGAGGAGGAAGACCGGAGCUGUGCCACAGUCCUGACCCUCCGCCAGGAAGACUCUCAGGAAGAGGAGGUGGAUGAAGACAGGGAGCUGCAGGAGGAAGAAGAGGAGGAGGUGGAAGGGAGGAUGCAGCUGGCGACCACAGUUCCAAGUGGAGAGCUGGCUCUCCUCCUGGCUCAGAGUGACAUCCUCCACACAGGAGACGCCAGUUUGAAGGCAGAGGGGUUUCGACUGUUGCUGGACAACAGAACGGAGUAUGGAGACAGCAGGGAGUUUCUAUGGAGACUGGCUCGGGCCUACAGUGAUAUGUACGGGGCCACUGAGGACAAACAAAAGAAGAGGACCUAUGCACAACAAGGUCGUGAGGAGGCGGAGCUGGCCCUGAAGAAAAACGGCCUGAACGCGGACUGUCACAAGUGGUUUGCGGUGCUGACAGGACUGAGCUCCCAGAAUGACAGCAUGCAUGGCAAACUGAAGAGCAGCCACAUACUGAAGGAGCAUCUAGACCGUGCUAUGGCACUGAGAGAUGAUGACCCCAUGUGUUUCUACCUGCUGGGUCGAUGGUGCUAUGAGGUAGCAACUCUGGACUGGUUGGAGAGGAAGGCGGCUGCUGCCCUCUACCAGAGCCCCCCCUCCUCCACACUACAUGAAGCCCUCGAGAACUUCCUCAAGGCAGAGGAACUCAGUCCAGGUUUCUCCAAGACGAUGAGACUUUACAUUGCAAAGUGUCACAGGGAGCUGGGAAACACAUCUGAGGCCACAAACUGGACUGAGCUGGCUCUGAACAUGUCAACGGGCAGUGAUGAUGAGGAAGAAACAUCUACACUGGAGGCUUAAAUUCUGGUCUUACCUGUCAGAACAAAGUGAAGAAUUAAUUUCGACCGAGGUCUGGAAGAUGGAGUCAUUCAUUGGAGGGCACUGACUGGCUAGUCAGGACACUGAUAUGUGGUCGUCCAAUCAGAUGUACUGUACGGAAGACAAAUUUUAUUUCCCCUCAUUGGUGGAUAUCUUUGCUAUUCUGUCACUGUGAAAUGAAACUGGUUGUUUAUUUUUUGCAGGCUUUGAGUCAGUAUCAGUGAGUAAUAUAGAUUGUAGUGUAGUGUCUAUUCUUUGAAAACAAUUUCUUUUUAACUAAAAAUCAUUGAUUAAACACGGGCAUUUAUUAUCCAGCAGCAACAGGUGAAUCUAACGGGAUCAGUUCAGCCCAUAAAAACAAUACAAGCAAAUAUAUUUGAACUUCCCUUUAGAGAUGACAAAUAAUUCGUUAUGUAUCUGCAUGUCUAGAUACCAGAGGGGAGAUAAUUUUAAUUUAUUCAUUCUUUUAUGAGUUGAGUUUUGGAAAACGUGUCCAACAAGUCUGUCACGGUACCUGUCGUGGGGAUCAACAGGACCGUCUGUAGUAUGCCACAAGAAAAAAGAUUUCCAGUGGAACACAUCUGGAAUCUUGCCACCACAGACACUGAAGACGUGGUGACACCGACGAUUACACACAAAAUGAUCUAGAGGCAGGAUUUUUUUUUAAAGCUGAUCAAUAUCUAACACUGGUCAAUAUUUAAGCUCUCUAUUUAAAUGUAUUUAUAAUUUUUUCAAAUCAAGGCAUUAAUGUUCGGACUUAUUUUUAGUUGAAUGAUUGCCGCUCUGUGAAUGGAGUCAUUUGAAGUUGAUUCACCUGUUUGAUUGUAGUAUUUAGUUUGUAAUUGAAUUAAUGAUUCCCCUCGAUGUUUUGAGCUUUGUGUUGUGUAUUCUCGUAGCGAGGUUGGUUGUUGGGCCAAAUUGUUUACAUCCAAUAUUUUAAAGUGCCAGAUUGGGUUGUUGUUUUUUUUUCAUUCUCAGGUCUGGCACCCAACUAUUAUUUCGGUCAUUUAGAAUAAACCCACGCUACAGAAAUUGAUACAAUAAAUACAUGUAUUGCACUUAACACUUAAUAAAUGAAGUUUUAUUUGUAUUGUA